CUUCGAUCGUGAACGUUCGAUAUGGUUCAUACCGAUUGGGCUAUCAUCACUCUUUUACGACUGAGCUACACUUUGGCGAACGCAAGUGUUUGUGUCGUCGACUCGAUCAGGCAAAAAGUGAUCGAAAAGUGUCGUGGCAGGGUCAUCCCCCAGUCGAGGAAGCUGGUAAACACCUCGGCACCGAGACACCUACAUCAUCACUGAGCAACUCCGAGAUCAGCGAACUUGCAUUCCUCUUCGCUUCUCCAUUGCAUCAGACGAAGUCACAUACAUCGACGCAGUGAUGAAUUUACUCGAGCUUCCGCGAGAGAUACGCGAUCACAUCUACACGACCAUUGUGGACCCAGAGGUCAACAGAUACACCGACAAGCAUGGAAACACAAAAUACACCUACUGGCACACGAACCUCCUCAGCGUCAACAAGCAAAUCUACCACGAAGCCCGCCGCAUCUUCCUCGAGCAAAACAGCUUCAUCAAAGUCACCACACCGUUUCCCGAGUCCAAAGAGCAAGUCCACGAGGAUGGUGUUCCGAUUGUCGCAAGCGAUUUGCGCGCAGACAAGUGCACUCAACACAGCCUGUCUGUGUUGAUAGCAUUCCCACUGACGGGUAUGCGCACAAAAGAGGACACUUUCAUCAUACACGUCGACGACUUGGUCAAGUUCUGCGACUCGUGGUAUCACUCUGCGGCAGACUACCCGGAGUUGAACGAGAACUUGACGCUCAAGCUCACUUUGAGGGACCCGCUCUCCGGCACACCUCUCGACAGUACGCCGGCUGAAAAGAAGGUGCUCAAGUCAAUGCAAGAAAGGCUGCUAUAUCCCUUUGGCAGAAUCAAGAAUCUCAUGAGGGUCGACGUAACUGGCAUCCCUUUGCCCGACGACACAGUCGUUGCGGAAAUGAAGAGAGUAAUGGCUAUACCACUCGGCUCACCAGCACAACGUCUGAUCCAAGCCACAGAGUACAAAGACGCAGGAAACGCAGCCCUGAUGGCAGACCGACCAUUGGAAGCGCUGGAACACUACCGCAAGGCCUGGGAAGCAAUGUUCAUCGUCGUCAACGGCCGCUCUCGCCGCGUCUAUGGAGAAAGAUACUUUGAGGUUCUUCUCAACACACCACCCUUUGAAAACAAGCACGGUAGUAUGGUGCGGACUAUUCUUCGAGUGCGUCUUGUUGCCAAUUCUCUGCUCGCAUACCUCAAACUCAAGGACUGGGAGACAGUCGUCCAUAUCGGCAUGAGAACUAUCAGUAUCAUGCGAAGAGGCGAUGAGAAUAUCGAGCCCGAGGAAGAGGCUUGGGGAGGUGCCUGGACGGCUGGACCUGAGAUGGGAAAGAUCUACUAUCGCACUGCUUUGGCCUUGAAGGAAAUGGACGACAAAUACGAAGCAAGAAGACUGUUGAAAGUCGCAGUCUUGUACUUGCCAAACGAUCAAAGGGUUCACGAGUUGAUUAGGGAGUGUGCGUUGAGGAUUCUCUGAGCAAAGGCGGGCAGCAGAUCUGGCUUUGGAGGAGUGCAUAUGGAGGCGCGAAAAUAGGCCCGCAAAGGGCUGGACUCUACCACAUUCAAACAUGGUAUGGACGGAUGUAACAAUCACGGCGGGGGGAUCUUGGAUGGAAGAAAUUGCUCGAGAUGCUGCAAUUCAAGGGACAGCUUGAGGUUAGUUUCAUAAUGAAGUUACGAGGUUUCACACAAUCCUUUGCUCAGGAAGUUCAUCGGUAUUAGAAGGGGUGAGCAGUAAGAUGCUUAUCGGGAUAAACACUUGGCAGGGUGCGGCCCGAGUGGAAUGCUAGCAAACGUCCCGGCUAUCUUAUGCAGCGCUCAUAUAUCUGCGAGAUGAGAUGCUCCCUUUGUGUGCGGAACACUGUCACACAUGUAGCUGCCUCGAGGCACUAUACUUUCUCGAAUUGCAGCGGUGUCAUCGAG